UUCGUGGAUAGACUUGUGGGAUUAUUUUCAAUGCACUUGUAGCGAAUGAGUCGUUUUUGAAUUUACUGAUUCAAAAAACAAAAAAUAAUAAUAAUAAUAAACAAAUAAAUAAAUAAUAUUAGUUUUGAAUUUUAAAAUUACAAUGAAGUAUUUUUGAGUAAUCCACAACAAGAACUAUUCUAGUUUGGAAGCUAAGCUAAGCAUUUGUAUAAUUUUUCAAAAAAUGUUUUUUGGGGGGAAAACUUCAAUGAUGCAUACACUGCAUGUAUAUAUGGAUGAUGAUUGGAUAAUAACUAACAAAUCCUUACCAACUAAAUCUUUUACUCAGUAAGACCUGUUAGUAGUUGAUGAAUUGACUAAGUAAGAUGUGUUGCAGUUUAUGUAAUAGAGUUAUAAGUAAUAUAAUAAAAAUCAAGAAUAUGGCAAAAUUAAUUAUAAUUCUGUUGUAUGAUUUGGUUGAAAAUAUUUUAUCAAUAUUAUAUGAGUCGAUGACUGAAUCAAAAGUAAAUUAAAUAAGUGUUGAUUGAAUCAGUGUAAAUUUUAAUCAAUGCUAAAUUGAAUAAAUCUAUUGGUUAAUUGCUUUCUGUGAAUGAAUAGAAACUUUCCAAUAGGAAGUUAUUGGAUAUGCAUUAAAAUAAAAUAAAAUAAAAAAAUAAAAAAAAUAAAAACUAACACUAAAGGAUUUUUAGUUUUUAAUUUUUGAUUAGAAGAGAACUAUGGAAAAACAUAUAAUAAUACUAUUAUAAUGAGAAGAAAAUGCAAAGGUUCUCUUUUUCUUAUCAAAAUUGGUUACGGUUUCUCUUGCAGUUUUAUUUAUUUUUAUUAUUUUUCUUUCUAUAUUUUAUUGAAAUUAAUAUUCCAAAAUAGAAACUGGUAUUAUAAGUCUUUAUGGAAAACAAAGAACUCUUUUUUUUUAUUUUUUAUUUUUAAAUAAAUUGAGUGGCCUGCUUGAACCCAAACACCAAUGGUCUUUUUCAUUUAGCUAUAUGGCAAUGGGACAUGGAAAACAAAAGCAUCAAAGGCAUACUUUCCUUUUAAAGCAAAAAACAGAAAAUAUUUUUUUCUUGGUAUGAUCUUUCUUUUUUUGGGUGCAUCAUGCAAUCCUUCAAUGAAGGACCCAAACUCAAUUGGGUGGAAAGUUCGGCAUGCAGAGACUCACGUAGAAGCUACCCAAUAGGCCACCGUAGAAAUGCAGUUGGGCUUCAAACGUUCAAUAACCCUUUGAAUUGAACGUUUGAAAAGUUUUAGAUACACCACAAAAUCAGCCUUAUCACUUUGGAGUGAAACGCUGAAAAGUUCUAGAUACACCCGUAAACCAGCCUUAUACACUCCCUUUCAUAUUUAAAUCCGAAAAUGCCAUCUUCUUCUAUGCUUGAAUUUUUUGGACUUUAUUGUUUUUGGAUCUUCGUUGUUUCUUAUUUACUUGACUAAACUCUUGAUAGGUUUACAAAUCUCAUUCUUGAGUGCUAAAAUUGCAUUAAUAGAGUUUUUAAUCUAAUUAAAUAGCUAAUUGAACUUAUAUAUGUAAUCAACAAAUUUAAAAUCUUUUUUUCUAUCCAUCUUAAUAUUAAUGUUCUUGUAUUCCAUCUAGUAGAAGACUGUGCAGCUCCUUCAUAUUAACUAUUUCAAUAUAUAUAUGGAUUGGAAAUUUAAGCACAAUGGAAAUUAAUUAAAAAAUAAUUGUUCAUAUACAUUGAUCUAAUCGACUUGGGAGUUGUCCUCCGAUAUAUUGUACAAGUAAAAUUGAUUUGGAAUGUAGACAUAAAUAUAGAGAGGAGAAAGGUUAAAACCAAAAGCUCGGAUUUCCAGACCACUUUAUACUCAAACACUUACAUCAAUAUAUUAGUUUUUCAUUAUUUCCAAUUUAAAUCUUCCUAUCCUGUUUCAAAUUAUUUAUUUAUCCAACAUUUUUUAGCAAAAAAUAAAAAAUAAAAUAAAAUGAGUUAGUAAAAAAUCUCCAUAUCCAUGUAAGCAAACCUAACAAUAAAAUAAAAUACAAACCAUGUGACAAUUAAGAUAUUUUAUACAAAUUAAUUUGCACUUAAGCAAUUGAAGUACAUGAACUAGUAAUGAGAAAAACGAUUUCUCCAAGUUUGAAGAUUCAACAAUGUGUACCGAAUGCCAUUUACUAUCUGACAUUUUGUUAGCUAGUUCCUAUUGAGAUAGUCUUUCAUUUUGGCGAUGCAGCAUUGAAUUUUCCACCAAAUUUUUGACAUAUUGUUAGUGGUCAAGAAUAAGUAAAGGCCAAUUAAUUAAGUUGGGUCCUACCAUCAAUUAUAUUGUUUUCUAUUCUAUCUUUCUUAGCUUUUAUCUUUAUGCUUUUGAAGUCUGCAAAGACUUGCUACUCUCUCUGUUCGCAGUUCCGUAUUUCUGAGCCUUCUCUUUUUCUCAAUUUCAACUCUGUUUUUUGAAAGACUAACUAUGGCUCUCGAACUGGUUGCUGGAGCUUUCCUCUCUGCUUCACUUGAGCUUCUGUUUUCCAAAAUGGAUUCUCGGGAGGUCCUUGAUUUCAUUCGUGGAAAGAAGAUCCGUGGAAAGAAGAUCGAAGAAGGGCUCAGGAAGUUGAAGACCAUGUUAUUGACAGCUAACAAAGUACUGAACGAUGCUGAGAGGAAACAAAUCACUGAUGGAGAUGUGAGGGAGUGGCUUCAGGAGCUCAAAGACGCAAUCUACGAUGCAGAGGACUUGGUUUCUGAGAUAAAUGAUGCAGAUUUGCGAUCCAAGCUGGAAGCUAAUCAAUCUAGAAGACGAAAAUUUCUGUUCAAGGUACGCAACUUCCUACCAUCUAGAUUCAAUGUUAAGAAAGUAGAAGAAAGGAUAGAGAAUAUCAUUAGCACCCUGCAAUUUAUUCUGGAACAAAAGGAUGGCCUUCGUUUGAUUGAAGGUGUCGAAACCAGACCUUUUCGACGGAUAUCUGAAGCUACUUUGGUUAAAGAAUCUGAUAUUUAUGGGAGGGAUGCUGAUAAGGAAGCCAUCAUGAAGUUGCUGUUAUCUGAUCAUCAAAUAGGUGGUGAUAAAAUUUGUGUAAUUCCCAUCGUUGGCAUGGGUGGGAUUGGUAAGACCACCCUUGCUCAGCUUGUUUACAAGGAUAUUGACAACAAAGUCAUGGAGAAACCUUUUGAUGUCAAAGCAUGGAUCACAGUUUCUGAUGAAUCUGAUGUGUUUACCUUGACAAAAAUGAUUUAUCAGGCUGUUACUGGAUCAGAUGACUGCAGUAUCACAGAAACAUUUCAACUUCAACAUAAACUGGAGCAGUUUUUCGAUGGAAAAAAAAUUCUCCUUGUCCUUGAUGAUAUAUGGAAUGUGAACUAUCAAACUUGGUGUGCAUUAAAGAUUCCAUUUGAUUCUGCUGCAAAUGGAAGUAAAAUCAUCAUGACAACACGCAAUGAAAACAUUGCAUCAAAGAUUGGUAAUGUCCCAAAGCAUGAACUGCAAACGAUAUCGGAUGAAGAUUCUUGGCUGUUAUUUUCAAAACAUGCUUUCAGUAGUUUAGAGCCAACAGCAUAUCCAGAUCUUCUGGAAGUAAUUGGUAGAAAAAUCAUAAAAAAAUGCAAAGGUCUACCUUUAGCAGUAAAGUCAUUAGGUGGUCUUUUGCAUUCGGAACUAGAUCCCAAGGCUUGGGAAAACAUAGUAGAGAGUGAUAUAUGGGAGUUACCUCAACAAGAGAAUAAUAUUCUUCCAGCUUUAUGGUUGAGUUAUUACUAUCUGCCUCCACGUUUAAAACGAUGUUUUGCUUAUUGCUCAAUAUUUCCUAAAGAUUAUACAAUUGAAAAGGGAAAAUUAAUUAGACUAUGGAUGGCAGAAGAUCUUUUGCAACCCCAAAGAAACAAGCCACUAGAAGAAGUUGGAAAUGAAUAUGUUAAAGAUCUAGUAUCGAGGUCAUUCUUUCAUGUUUCCUCAUUUGAUGGACUUACCAUGCAUGAUCUUCUGAAUGAUCUUGCUCAAUUUGUAUCAGGAGAAUCUUGUUUGACAUUGGAUUACAACCACUCAUGGGGCAUUAUGACAAAAAAGACUCGUCAUUUAUCACUUUUGAUGUAUCAGUACUAUGAUAUCAAGAAAUUAAGAGCUGGUUGUGAAAAUAAGGUUUUGCGCACUUUGCUAGUAUUGGAUGGUGGGCUUAUAUCCAACAAACAAUACGACCAACUUUUUCCACAAUUGCAAUCAAUGCAAUACCUAAGAGUGCUUUCUAUACCUAAAAUUACAUUGACAUAUAGGAAUCCUCUUAGCACAAAGGUGUUUGACUCAAUUGGUAGUUUAACGCUUUUACGGUAUUUGGAUUUAUCUGGUUCUGAAAUUAAAAAAGUACCUGAUAUAAUUUGUUCAUUGUACAAUUUGCAGACACUAAUAAUGUAUUUUUCUCCUAAACUUACACGGUUGCCGGAUACAAUUGACAAUUUGAAGUAUCUAAGGUACUUAGACUUAUCUUAUAGUGCAAUUAAAAGGAUACCUGACACGGUAUGUAAUUUGCACGACUUGCGUACUUUAAAGUUGAAUGGUUGUACACAGCUUACUCUUUUACCAUCCAAUAUCACAAUGCUAAGCAAUUUGCAACAUCUCGACAUUGUUGGGACAAGUUUAAGAGAGAUGCCACCACAACUCUCAAACUUGAAAAGUCUGGAAAGUUUAGGACUGUUUGCUGUAGGCAAAAACAUCGAAUCCAAUAUUAAAGAGCUAGGUAAGUUUCAAAAUCUGGGUGGUAAAUUGUGCAUUACAAAUCUUGAGAAUGUAGUAAAUGUUGAAGAUGUUUCGGAGGCCAAUUUGAAGGAUGAGAAGCUUAUUCGUGAACUGAUCUUGGAGUGGAAGGGUGAUAGUACUCAAGAUUCACAUGAAGCAUGGAAGGUACUUGAGAGACUUCAACCUCACACGGCUAAUCUAGAAUAUUUGGAAAUCAGAAAUUAUAAAGGUAGAAGCUUCCCAGGUUGGAUAGGACAUCCUUCAUUCUCUUGUAUAACUUCUGUGACGCUAUCUAAUUGUAAAAAUUGUUGUUGGUUGCCACCUCUGGGACAGUUACCUUCCUUGGGAAGGUUGUCGAUUACAGGAUUUGAUAUGGUAGAGAGAAUAGGCAAUGAAUUUUUUUAUGAUGGUUUUUCUUCAGUUGAUAGUAAACCAUUCAAGUCGUUAUGUAGUUUAAGUUUUUCGAAUAUGCCACGAUGGAAGGAGUGGUCAUUGAUGGGAUGUAGCAAAGAGAGUUGUGGUGGAGUUUUUUUAAAUCUCAAGGAUCUCUGGUUUUCAAAUUGUCCAGAGCUAAAUGGUGCUUGCAUACCAGAUUAUCUUCCAUCCUUGACAAGACUUUCAAUUAUUCGAAGUAGUGACGACCUGGUGGGUUCAUUAUCAAGGUGUGAAUGUCCAUCGCUUGACGAGUUGGGAUUAAGACGUUGUCACACAAUGAAGUCGUUUCCUCAAGGGAGAUUGCCUUCCCACAUUGAAAGUAUUUGGAUAUAUGGAUGCAAUGAAUUGGUGUCAUUGUCGGAAGAGGGUUGGCCAUGCCAUUUAAACUCACUUGAUAUCAGCUGGUGUGAAAAGGUCUUGGGGGGCAAUCUGCGGAGGCUCGUUUCUCUUACUUCUCUGAAGCUACAUUGUCUGCCAAACCUCAAAUCCCUAGAUGGGAUGGGUUUUGGACACCUCGUCUCCCUUCGAGAAUUGUACAUUUCUUCAUGCGAUCACCUGCAAUGCCUGGUAGAAGAAGAUGAAGGGCUGCCCACCUCUCUCACUUCUAUCAAGCUCAGUAAUCUUCCAAACCUCAAAUCGCUAAAUGCCAACGCCUUUCGAAACCUUACCUCCCUUCAAAAUUUGAGGAUUACUCAGUGCGAAAAGCUCCUGUGCUUGCCAGAAGAAAGGCUGCCACAAUCUCUUUCUGUGUUGGAUAUCAGAGACUGUAAUUUACUAAUUCCACGGUGCCAGAAAGAGACAGGGGAAGAUUGGCCCAAGAUUGCUCAUGUCCCUCGCAUAAUAUAUACACUUGAAGAUUUAGUAGACAUAUGAUGACGUGUUCUACACAAGAUAUUCCAUCUUCUCUAAAAAUUUUCAGUUACAAUUUUGGGAGCAAAGAUUUUGUUUUUUUAGAUCUUCUUGACCAUUCCAGUCUAGUCUACAGCAUCCCCUGCGAAACUGUUUUACUUCAGAUGUAAAAGUUUCCAAAGAUGGACUUUCUUAACUCAUUCAGGAAUUUACAUGAUGUAUGGCCAAAUUGUAAUUUCUUUAGAGCUAUUGGAUACAAUUCUCAGCCCCUAGGGAUUUCAAUAAUACCAAGCUGUUACUUUAGCUUGAGGGCAGAUGUCAACUUACUAGAUCUUUUUUACCAUUUCAGUCUUCAGAAGUUUAAUUGUGUUUAAAGCAUAUCGCAGCAUUUCAUUUGCCCAAUUGUAAUUUCUGUGCUGCUAUUUGGUUGCAAUUCUCAGACCCCUCUGACUGAUCUCAAUAAAGCAAAGCUUCUACUUAGUAAUGGAGGAGAUCUCCAAUUAACAUAUUGCACAACUUUCUUGGUUGCUGAUACUGCAGUAGUACUACUAGAGUCUCUAAUCUCAUUCAAUAGCUAUGGAAUUUAAACGUGUAUUUUCAACAAACAGAAUAUAUAUAUAUAUAUAUAUUUCCCCCUAUUAAUGUUGAUGUUCAUGCUUUCCAUGUAGUAAAAGAUUAUGUAAUUGCUCUACGUUUAAGAAUGUAUUUCAGCACCUUAUAAGCAAAAAGUUUACCUUUAAAUUAUAUAUAGAGAUAUGUAUUCAAAUA